AUGCAAAUAAGGCGCAUUCUUGCCACUACUGAUCUCUAUGGGAAAUGCACAAAGACGCACAGCGGCACGUCGGCAGCCGCACCGGAAGCUGCAGGAGUGUUUGCUCUUGCUCUAGAAGCGAAUCCACAAUUAACCUGGCGAGACAUUCAACAUCUGACAGUGUUAACAUCGAAACGGAACUCGUUAUUCGACGCUAAAGGAAGAUUCCACUGGACUAUGAACGGCGUUGGCCUCGAAUUCAACCAUCUUUUCGGCUAUGGUGUGCUGGACGCCGGUGCAAUGGUCGCUCUGGCUAAAAAAUGGAAAACUGUGCCGCCACGGUAUCAUUGCGAGGCUGGUUCUGUGCUUGAAACUCAGGAAGUGACGAGCGAUCGAUCGAUCCUUUUGAAAAUAAAGACCGAUGCCUGUGCUGGUACUGAGUACGCCGUCAACUAUCUGGAACACGUGCAGGCAGUCAUUUCCGUGAACGCCACGCGUCGAGGUUAUCUAGAGUUGUUCCUUACAUCUCCCAUGGGUACAAGGUCGAUGAUCCUCAGUCGAAGGGUGAAAGACGACGAUCAUAGAGACGGAUUCACCAAAUGGCCAUUCAUGACGACUCACACCUGGGGAGAAUAUCCUCAGGGUACCUGGUUGCUGGAGGUGAGCUUCAAUACUCAGACUCCUCAGAAAGGUUGGCUCAGAGAAUGGACACUGAUGUUGCACGGUACCAGAGAGCCACCUUACACCGGACUUCCGGCGGCGGACCCGCACUCGAAACUGGCGAUCGUGAAGAAGGCUCACGAGGAACGAUCGACAGCGAUGUAACGACGAACCAGAGGACUCUAGACGUUCAUAUCGAGAGAUGUUUACGCGACUAGUCUUUAUUGUUUAAGGGUAUCAUUUUUACAGGCGACAGGAAGAAAAAUUCGAACGCAACCAUGCUGUGUAUUUCUGUAAAAGUCGUUCCGCUGGUUACUCGUACCGAAAAGCUUCGUGUGUUCUCGA